AUGGAAACUCUACCUUUAGACAGUGCAACAAAUUUAUAAGUGCUGCUAAACCCUUACUAUGAAAAAUGGAGAUCUCAAUUUAUGAUGUGCAGGAAAAGGUAAAUGUUACAGAACAAUGCUAAGAAAUUAUAAUUAGAAAUUGUAUAUAUGUUGGCUGCAAACUUUGCUGCUCAACCUCUCCCUUUGUUUUAAUGUCUUGGAGGCCACAAUAUUAACAAUAGUGAUUUGUCAAUUGAAUAGUAAUACAGCAUUUUUUCAAAAACAGUUGUAGCUGGCAACCGCAAACAUUACUAUUCAAAUGGAUAACCAGAAUACUGUGCAACAGAGUUAUGUGAAUUUGUAGAGUAUUCUUAACCUUAUGUAAAUGUUAAUAGGAUCACGCGAAGUAUCUUAAAAGUAGGACAGAAUACAAAAAUUUCAACCAAUAACAUGUAUUCUUAAAUCCAUCAGUAAAUGUUUACGUUAAAGUACUUCAAUUUGCUAACCGAACUUAAUUUCCUUAUCAAAAUUUGA